AUGGAGACGAGGGGCAAGCGGGAAGCUAACGGAAUAUUUAUUUUCUGCUUGAACCAUGUUCUCUUAGUUACGGACAGUAAUGGUCGAAAUUUAGUGAACCCACAGGUUGUCAGAGUGCCAAAAAAAUGCAAAUUCGACCUAUCCGUGGUGGCCAUUCCCGGUGGUCGGAUUUCGCAUGGGCAAAAAGAGAUCUUAGAUGGUCGUCACUUUGAAAAGCUUGAUUUUUUAAUUUGUGCCUUGGGCAGCAACAAUUUUUCCAACAAUUGCCAAGAACACACCAUCGACAUUUUGGAAGAGUUGGAAUCCUUUACAGCCGCUGUGCAAAUUAUUUAUCCUCGUGUGAAGAAUUUAAAUUAUAACACUGACAAUUGGAGCAGGGACGAUGUCCAUUUGUCGGACAAAGGACUGUUGUUUUAUACUAAUAUUUUGAUACAGCAAAUGGAGGAAAUUAUAAAAAAAGGUGAGUUUCUUUUAACGACUCAACUAUGGGACGUGUAG